AUGGCCAACGAAGCCGCCGUCGACAAGGUGACCCAGCAACUCCAGGACCUGCCCCCCUUAAAGGCGUUCCCGAACUGCUAUCCCGACAUUAAUUCUACCGAUAUCUACCGCUCACAUCUCACCCAAAAGCUUUCCGGGAUCACUGGAGUAGACGAGAAGGUUAUCUACAAUGCCCUGCAAUGGACCAACUCGUUAGACAAGGGUGAUCUCGUGCUCGCCAUUCCUGCGCUGCGCGUCAAGGGCAAGCCUGAAGAGCUGGGCAAGCAAUGGCUGGACAAGUGGACGGAAUCUCCCCUCGUCCACAAGCCAGUUCAGAACGGAACCUUCCUCCCAUUCUACUUCAAGAACGAACCCCUCACCAAGACCGUCAUCCCCCUGAUCCGAUCCAACAAAGCCCAGUACGGUGCCAACAAGGCUGUGGGCCUCAAGGACGAGAACGACCCUUCAAAGGGCCAGAAGCGCAUCAUCAUCGAGUUCAGCUCCCCCAACAUCGCCAAGCCCUUCCACGCCGGCCAUCUGCGAAGCACGAUCAUUGGUGGUUUCCUCGCAAACCUCUACGAAGCUGCCGGGUGGGACGUCAUUCGCAUCAACUACUUGGGUGACUGGGGAAAGCAGUACGGCGUCUUGGCUCUGGGCUUCAAGAAGUACGGAAACGAGGACGAGCUUACAAAGGACCCCAUCAACCACCUUUUUAACGUAUACGUCAAGAUCAACCAGGAUACUGCGGCCGAGAAGGAGCAAGCGGACAAGCUCAAGGCAGAGGGCAAGGAGACAGAGGCCCAAGAGCUCCUCGAUAACGGUACCGAUGAGCAGGCUCGCCGCUACUUCAAGCAAAUGAGCGACGGUGAACCUGAGGCUCUUGCCCUGUGGAAGCGAUUCCGCGAGCUCUCCAUCGAGAAGUACAAGCAGACAUAUGCCCGACUCAACAUUCGUUUCGACGAGUACUCUGGCGAGAGUCAGGUUCCCGAGGAAGACAUGCAGGAGGCCGCCAAGAAGCUGGCCGAGAUGGGCCUCACCGAGGAGGACAACGGUGCCCUCCUCGUCGACUUCUCCAAGCACGUCGCUGGCAAGCCUGGUAAGAACCUGGGCAAGGCUAUCAUUCGCAAGAGGGACGGUACUGCUUUAUAUCUCACCCGAGAUAUCAGCGAGCUGCUGAACCGCCACAAGAAGUACAACUUCGACCAGAUGAUCUAUGUUAUUGCCUCGCAACAAGAUCUUCACUGCAAGCAGUUCUUCAAGGUCAUCGAACUCAUGGGUCACAAGGAUAUUGCUGCCAAGGUUCAGCACAUCAACUUUGGUAUGGUUCUGGGUAUGAGCACCCGAAAAGGUACCGUCAAGUUCUUGAACGACAUUCUGCGAGACGUUGGCGACCACAUGCACAGCGUUAUGAAAAAGAAUGAGGAGAAGUAUAACCAGGUAGAGAAUCCGGAAGCUGUAGCCGACAUCAUGGGCAUUAGCAGUGUCAUGGUUCAGGAUAUGACUGGCAAGCGAAUCAACAACUACGAAUUUAACAUGGAUGCCAUGACCUCUUUCGAGGGUGACACUGGCCCAUACCUCCAAUACGCUCACGCUCGUCUGUGCUCUAUUACUCGACGUGCAGCCCUCAGCGAUAAAGAGCUGGAUACUGCCGACCUCUCUCUGCUUACAGAGCCUCAUGCCAUUGGCCUCAUCCGAGUACUUGGGCAAUGGCCAGAUGUCGUACAGAACACCCUCAAGACAUUGGAGCCCACGACUGUAAUGACCUACCUAUUCAAGAUGACACACGCCUUAAGUGCCAGUUAUGACCAUUUGCGAAUUGUUGGUAGCGAACCUGAACUGAUGAAGGCUCGUAUGGCACUUUAUGACUGUGCCCGAAUCACACUUAGCAAUGCUAUGCGUCUGCUUGGAUUGUCUCCAGUUGAGAGGAUGUAA